UCCCCGCUGUCCACACUGGAUUAUCUCCAUCGUCCUGCAGCUGAGAUGUCUACUCCAGAUGCAGCAGGCACCCCAGGAGCCCCCGACUCCGAAGGGGGCCCACCGGCGGCGGCCCCCAACCUCACCAGCAACAGGCGGCUUCAGCAGACGCAGGCGCAGGUGGACGAGGUGGUGGACAUCAUGCGUGUGAACGUGGACAAGGUCCUGGAGAGGGACCAGAAGCUGUCGGAACUGGACGACCGCGCUGACGCCCUACAGGCCGGAGCCUCGCAGUUCGAGAGCAGCGCCGCCAAGCUGAAGAACAAGUACUGGUGGAAGAACUGCAAGAUGAUGAUCAUCAUGGCUAUUGUAGGCGUCAUUUUCUUUGGCGUCAUCUUUUUGUAUUUCUUCUACUGAGUCAAACUCGGACCCCCCCCACACACCUCAAGCGCUUCCUGCUCUUCACCGUCGCCUUCCUCGCAUGCUCUGCAAUGGCUGCUGGCUAACGUUCACCUCUGUGGUAACGCUAAACCACAAUAUUUGCAUUUCAAACAUGUCCAAUCAAAUCCUCAUGUUGUCUUCUGAGAAAGCUGCCCCCUGGCGGACAGUAGAGUUGCUGCUAGUUGUACAUCAUGUGACUGCCACCAUGUUUGUUGUGAUUGUAUUAAUAAAUCAUGUUCAAUAGCA